UGUAUUACUCCAUCUGUAUCAAAAUUUUCUCUUUCGCUCUCUAAGGUGGUCUGAGGACACCAUGACAGUCACAGUGGUGUAUGAUAACUCUGAGGCAACAGAGCUCUGUGCAGCUCAGCACCUCUACCUCAAGCCCAUAGCAAAAUUGUUGAUCAACAUAUUGCUUCCAGGGAGUCUAGAACCUGUAAGGCCCUUCUCUAACUGGGAAGUUCUUGACCAGCUGAAGAGCCUGAUUUGCCCUGACCAGUUCACCACAGUUCAGCUCUCCAAGAGUACAAAGGACUUCAUUCAAUUGGAGGGUGAGGCUGAAACCCGAAGUUUGGUUCAGAUCCUGAAGGCAAAGUUACAUGGGAAGAUUAUCAAGCUAAAUGGUUUGAAAAAACACUUAAAAGUAGUGGCUACAGAUGCCCAGGGAGAAUGGGAGCACUUCCCCAAGGAAAAAGAGCCCUCGUUGAGUGAUGGGGCUGAAGAGCAGGAGAAGAGCCCAGAUUCCAUAUGUUUUGAAGAGUUGCCCUGUAAAUGGUUUGCACCUAAAUGUUCUAGCAAAGAGAAGCCAUGUGAAGAGAUCCUUUGGGUAGUCUUUGAAAGUUUUGGGAAGAUCAAGAAUGUGGAUAUCCUUAUGCUUGGCCCCUACAGAGAAGUGAUGACUGACAGGAGCUUUGGGGGUUUUAGCUUUGGCUUACAGACAUUUGAGGCAUUCAUACAGUAACAAGAGGCAACUGACUUUGUAAAAGCCAUGGAGUCCCUUUGAAGAAUGAAACUGAUGCUUAAAGGAAAUGAUGGGAAAGCUCU